AGGCCGGGCUCCGGCUUCGCUGCUGUGGCAGGGCUAACCGGGCACGUCUGUCUUCGCUCUGCCACAUCAGUUGGGCCGGCAAGCCCGUCCUCGCGGUCACCUUAACCACUUUCCUCUUGUUACGGAGCAGCUGGUCUCACUCCUUGCCAGACCUGGGCACCCGGCCGGAGCAGUGGGAUCAAAACGAGCUAUUUCUGGCCCUGGCGCGCAGCCCCUGGGGGCCAACCUGGAGUGUUCACGCUCACGCCCCCCCCCCGGCCGCUGAGCACCCGAGGCUGAGUCAGAGGCACAGAAUUAGGCCCGACCUACGCUGGGACAGGGUCUGUUCUGUGUCCUCCUGACACAGCCUGGCGUGCCUGCAGCAUUCUCCAGGAAUCUGGUACCAAGACUGGGUGGGGCGUUAUCCUCGGAGUUGCCAGCCGGGCGGAGAUGGAUCAAGAGGACUUUGGUGGACUUCUCGGAGGGGGGGCGGUUCCCCAACUGCCACAGUGGCUCGCCACACCUAUAAGGGGGUCUGCGUCCUCCUAAGCCUUAGCUUCCCCUUCUAGAAAUGGAAAAAGACCUAAUGACAGUGCCCUGGUGUCCUUUUCCAGGCACCCAGCAGGUACCCGCAGACCCUGGGCAUUUCUCCGUGCUGCUGGAUGUGAAGCACUUCGCACCGGAGGAAAUCUCCGUCAAGGUGGUUGGCGGCCAUGUGGAGGUCCACGCACGACAUGAGGAGCGCCCGGAUGAACAUGGAUUCAUUGCUCGAGAGUUCCACCGCCGCUACCUCCUGCCUCCCGGUGUGGACCCUGCAGCUGUGACCUCGGCGCUGUCUCCUGAGGGGGUCCUAUCCAUCCAGGCCACACCAGUGUCGCCUCAAGCCCCACUUCCACCACCACCUGCUGCCAAGUAGGGGUCCAGGAAUGCCAGGACCGAACCUGGGAAGCCUUUUGGGGCUCCCUUUUAAAAGCCGAUCUGACUCCGCUGCCCAGCCAGAAGUCCCAAUCGCUGUCAAGACAGUUCCUCCCAAGCAAGUCUAGAUGUCGUCCCCUAGGCCCUUUCCACCCAAAACCCCACCUGCACCGCCUUAGUAAGCAAGGCGCCCUCUAAGCCCGGCGCCCCCCCCCAGCCUUCAGGCCCCUCCCAUACGCCUCUCUAGGAACAACACCCGCCUUGGCCUAGACUCCCACCUGACUGACGCCACCACCAGGCCCCCUAUUGUACUUGUACGUUGUAGAACACCCACACUGACACCGCAGUACAAUGUAGAUAACACCCCCUCCGCUCCAGGCCUCUCCUAAUUCCCCACAAUGACCCGUGGGCUAGCCAGUCUGACCCAGACUGCAUGAGCCUUCCACAUCAGAACAUUCUAGCCUGGCCCACCAGUCUCUAGACCCUGUCCUUGCAACCUAACUCUCCUCUGCCCCUAGGCCAUUUUCUGACUUCAGACUCCAGGAGCCUGAGUUCCUGAAUCCGGUUCCCACUUCCCAAUCCUUGGAAGUCUAUUCCCAACCAACCAGAACCCCCAAAGUCAAAUUGUACAGAUACCCCAGCUCCCCCAGUUUCUAGGCCAAUGAACCAGAACCCUCAAGUUCCUUUGUCCUGACCCCCCACCUGCAGCCAGGUAUCCUAGGCAACCACCUCCACACUAACAACCUGCAAGGUCAGUCACACCCUGUCACCUCAUGCCCUUCCUACAACCAGCCCCCAAUAAAUGCACAAGAGAUUCA